CGCCUACUAAAAUGAAUAAGGUUCAAUAUCAUCAAAGAACAAUUAAACAAUUAUAUCUCGCUUACGCACCUCAAAUCAGUUCAGUGUUCGUCCGAAAUUAUUGUAUAGAAGGAAAAUCGGGUGGAACUAUAACAAAUGCAAAGGAACAAGAAAGUAGUGACAAAGAUCCAGAAACUAUUAAUUUCAAACAAAUCUCGACUGAAAAUAUUGAAGUUGAGAAGGAUUUAAACGAACAAAUUUCUCUAUUGACUGAAGAUAUAGGAAUUGAGGAUUUAACGGUUCCAAAACGCAAUACUUUCAUUUCGUUACUUCGACGUUCGAAAUUUAUGGAUUUAGGAGAUCCUGAAGGAAAAGUAGUAUUGGGAGAAAUUUUUCAGAUUGUUAAUAAUGACUUAUACAUUGACUUUGGAUGGAAAUUUCAUUGUGUUUGCCCAAGGCCUCAAAGAAAUUCUUUGAAAUAUAUCAGAGGUUCAAAGGUUAAAUUGUUAAUAAAGAAUUUAGAAUUGUCUUCGCGAUUUUUAGGAGCAUCUACCGAUUUAACACUCUUAGAAGCAGAUUGCAUCCUUCUUGGUUUAGCACAGUCUCCAUCGAAAAUACAGUAAAACUAUAAUUAUGUUUAUUUUGUACAAUAAUAGAGCAUAAAUAAAUAAAAGAAUGCUUCUUUGGA